CAACUACUUUACUUGUCCUAGAAAGUCCUCAUUUUUUCUUCCUCCUAAUUUCAACCAAAUCACUCGCUACCUUGAAAAUUUAUGGAAACAAGAUUGUCCAUAUUCCAUUGUGUAGAUGUUUCUACUUUCCUUGUUCUUGCAAGUAAAUGUAAAAAAGUUAGGAACUUACAGCAUGUUUAUCACUUCACCGACAGUGGAAGCAAAGGAUCUUAGUACUUAAAAACAAAGUUAAGAAUUUUGUGGAAAAACAACUAUAUGGGGUUUACUUUUUUUCACACCCCAUUACCAGUUUUGGUAUUUUGAUGGCUAUUUGAAGUUAAGUAUAUGAGAAAAGAAGGAGCUUCACGUUAAGAACUCUUCCAUUUUUGUUAUUCAAGUUACUUGUUCACACUUGGAGUUAAUUUGUUUCUUAUUUUGUAACGUGUUGGUUGUUAGCCAAGUUUCUUGAAUUUAAUGCGUGGAAUAAAUUAGUGUCAUCAAUAUUUUGAGGAACUUCAGGGAUAUUAUUUCUUGGCUUCGAGUUGGAGAAAAAUGGUAGGUGGUAAGAUGAAGAUACGUUUUAGUAAGAUAUAUAAUUUUUCGUGCAUGAAGUGUUCGAUUAAGGAAGAACAUAGUCAAAUUGGGAAGAGUGGUUUCUCAAGGAUUGUGUAUUGUAAUGAUCCUGAUAAUCCAGAACAAUUACAGCUUAAGUAUAGGGGGAAUUAUGUGUCUACUACAAAGUAUACAGCAAUUAAUUACAUACCAAAGUCAUUGUUUGAGCAAUUUAGGAGGGUUGCAAAUAUAUACUUUCUUGUUGUUGCUUGUGUUUCAUUUAGUCCUCUGGCUCCUUAUACAGCUAGUAGUAUUUUAGCGCCUUUGUUGGUUGUGAUUGGGGCAACGAUGGCGAAAGAAGGGAUCGAAGAUUGGAGGCGCAAAAGGCAGGUUGUACUCUUUCGUUCGGAUCAUCACUUUGCUUUAGUCUAUGUUGGCGUGCUUUUGGUAUAUUGUAAGCAAGUUCAGGAUAUUGAAGCCAAUAACCGGAAAGUAAACGUAUACACUGAAAAUCAUACUUUCCAAGAGACUAGAUGGAGAAAUUUACGAGUUGGUGAUCUUAUUAAGGUGUACAAGGAUGAAUAUUUCCCCGUUGAUCUGCUUUUGCUUUCAUCUAGCUAUGAGGACGGCAUAUGUUAUGUUGAAACCUCCAAUCUUGAUGGAGAGACUAACCUUAAGGUGAAGCAUGCAUUGGAUGUCACAUCCUCCCUGCACGAUGAUUCUUCUUUUCGAAAUUUUAAGGCUGUUGUAAAGUGUGAAGAUCCAAAUGAAGAUCUUUAUACAUUCAUUGGAACUCUGUAUUAUGAGAAUCAGCAACACCCUCUUUCAGUGCAGCAGAUUCUUCUGCGAGAUUCCAAGCUACGGAACACUGAUUAUGUUUAUGGUGUGGUUAUUUUUACUGGUCAUGACACAAAAGUCAUGCAGAAUUCUACAGAUCCUCCUUCUAAGAGGAGUGCAAUUGAGAAAAGGAUGGAUAAAAUAAUAUAUGUUCUUUUUGGUACCUUGAUUACAAUAGCUUUUAUUGGAUCUAUCUUUUUCGGGAUUGAAACUACGAAUGAUAUUCGUGGUGGGAAAUUAAGGAGGUGGUAUCUUCGACCAGACAAGACAAGUGUGUUUUAUGAUCCCAAAAGAGCCACACUGGCUUCAUUUUUCCAUUUCCUAACAGCCCUUAUGUUGUACGGGUACUUGAUUCCCAUUUCGUUAUAUGUGUCUAUUGAAAUUGUUAAGGUUUUACAGAGCAUCUUCAUCAAUCAAGAUAGGGAAAUGUACUACGAGGAAACAAAUAAGCCAGCUCAUGCAAGAACAUCUAAUCUGAAUGAGGAACUUGGGCAGGUUGAUACUAUUCUCUCUGACAAAACAGGCACUUUAACAUGCAACUCUAUGGAGUUCGUUAAAUGUUCAAUAGCAGGUGUUGCUUAUGGCCGUGUUGUGACAGAAGUAGAGCGGGCCCUGGCAAAGCGAAAAGGAGAUGGCGAUACUUCCAAUGAUGUGGAGGAAUCAAGUGACCCUAAAUCUAUUAAAGGAUUCAACUUCAAAGAUGAGCGUAUAAUGAAUGGUCAAUGGGUCCAUGAGCCUCAUCGAGAUAUGAUACAAAAGUUUUUCAGAGUGCUGGCGGUUUGUCAUACUGUUAUUCCUGAUGUGGACAAGAAAACAGGUGAGAUCUCGUAUGAAGCGGAAUCACCAGAUGAAGCUGCCUUUGUCAUUGCAGCAAGGGAACUUGGUUUUCAGUUCUUUGAAAGAACACAAAGUAGAAUUACACUGCAUGAGUUGGAUCAUCGGAGUGGUAAGAUGGUUGACAGAUCAUAUCAGCUCCUUCAUGUCUUAGAGUUCAGUAGUUCGCGGAAGAGAAUGUCGGUAAUUGUAAAAAAUGUUGAGAACCAGUUCUUGCUCCUCUGCAAGGGUGCAGACAGUGUGAUGUUCGAACGGCUUUCAAAAGAUGGGCGGGUCUUUGAGGGUAUAACAAAGGAACAUCUUAAACAAUAUGCUGAAGCAGGAUUGCGAACUCUGGUAGUAGCUUACCGUGAGCUUGAUGAGAAAGAGUUCCAAUCAUGGGAACAAGAGUUUUUGAAUGCCCAAGCUUCUGUCACAGCAGAUAGAGAUGCUUUGGUGGAUGCCACGGCUGACAAGAUAGAAAGAGACUUAAUGCUCCUUGGUGUUACUGCUGUCGAGGACAAACUUCAAAAAGGGGUCCCCGAAUGCAUUGAUAAACUUGCAAAAGCUGGAAUUAAGAUUUGGGUCUUAACUGGUGAUAAGAUGGAGACGGCUAUCAAUAUUGGGUAUGCUUGUAGUUUAUUAAGACCAGAUAUGAGGCAAAUUAUAAUUACUUUGGAUUCUCAAGACAUAUUGGUCUUGGAAAACCAAGCAAACAAGGAGACUAUUGCAAAGGCUUUGCAUGAUAGCAUUACAAAGCAAAUAAGGGAGGGAAUGUCACAAGUAAACUCAAGCAAAGAAAUUACUGCAUCAUUUGGUUUGAUCAUAGAUGGCAAAUCAUUGUCAUUUGCUCUUGACAAAAAACUGGAAAAAUCAUUCUUGGAGCUUGCAAUAAAUUGUGCAUCUGUUAUUUGCUGCCGCUCCACUCCUAAACAAAAAGCUCUUGUUACUAGAUUGGUGAAAGUUGGAACGCACCAAAGAACGUUAGCAAUUGGUGAUGGGGCAAAUGAUGUAAGCAUGCUUCAAGAGGCUGAUGUUGGGGUUGGUAUCAGUGGUGUUGAAGGAAUGCAGGCUGUCAUGUCAAGUGAUUAUGCAAUAGCUCAAUUCCGUUUUCUUGAGCGCUUGUUAUUAAUCCAUGGCCACUGGUGCUACAGGAGAAUAUCAAUGAUGCUAUGCUACUUCUUUUACAAGAACCUCGCAUUUGGGUUGACCCUUUUCUGGUUUGAGGGCUUUGCUUCUUUCUCUGGCCGACCUGCUUAUAAUGACUGGUAUAUGUCAUUAUACAAUGUCUUUUUCACAUCACUUCCUGUGAUUGCUCUAGGUGUCUUUGAUCAAGAUGUUUCUGCACGGCUAUGUCUCCAGUUUCCUAAGCUUUAUGAAGAGGGAACGAAGAACAUUCUCUUCAGUUGGCCUCGCAUUUUAGGCUGGAUGUUGAACGGUGUUAUCUGUUCUAUGAUCAUCUUCUUUGGCACCACCAAUUCACUCAUGCAUCACGUUUUCCGAAAAGAUGGUCAACCAGUUGACUAUGGAGUCCUCGGAGUGAUGAUGUACACGUGUGUCGUGUGGACUGUCAAUUGUCAGAUGGCACUCUCUAUCAACUACUUCACUUGGAUUCAACACUUAUUCAUUUGGGGCAGUAUUGCCUUUUGGUAUGUGUUUUUAGUUGUAUAUGGCUCUCUUUCGCCUAUAUUUUCUACAACGGCAUACAAAAUUCUUGUUGAAGCCUGCGCUCCAAGUCCUUUGUAUUGGCUGGUCACAGUUCUGGUCGUUGUUGCAACGUUGUUACCAUAUGUUACGUACAGGGCGUUUCAAACAGAGUUCCAUCCGAUGUACCAUGAUCAGAUUCAAAGAAAACGAUUAGAAGGUUUAAACAGUGACUCUGCUGAGGAGUUCAGUGAUAGAGGCAAACAAAAGAUAGAGCUUUAAGAAUAGUUUGUAGUUUGUCACAUGACAUAAAAUGACUGUUUAAUAUGUAAAGUUAAUUAAGUUGUGUAAAGUGGAUAUAUAGUAAUGCUCAGUGAUUGGGGCCAGGCAGUAGAAACUAACGUUUGAAGUGUCAUUUUGUGGGUGAAUUUUAUCAUGAGACAGAGAUUUUCUUUCUAAAGAUAUUAAUCAUAUAUUUUCGGAAGAAAAUUGUGUUGAUGUCU